AUGGCCGUCUCAUUAAACUACAACCCUUCUCUUGAAGUGACAUAUGCCAGCCUGAAGUCUCCUGACGUAUGGGAUGCCAUCAUCGCGAUAGGCCAUUUCAGCAGCUUUGUCAAGCCCGACAACAUCGGGCCCUUCUUCGCAAAAGUUGGAUUAGAUUCGGAAAGCGGUAUCUACCACCGGACCGCUGUCACGCUCAACCCACAGAAAAACCGGUAG